AUGGAGGAGUACCUUAGAAAAUGUGAAAGAGUGACAGUACGAAGAAGAGCUAUGGAGGAGGUUAUGCAGCAGUUGAUUUCAAGUAAGAAAAGGAAGUUGUACUCUGAGCUUGAAAAUCAGUACUUUGGCGACGUGAAUUUUCUGGAGAAUUCAGCAUCGCAAGAGGAGUCUGGGAUCUCCGUCUGCACCAAGCAUGACGACGUUGUAAAAGAACGAAAUAUUGAUUUGCACUCCGAGGAAUGUGAAAAUGAAAUUUCCAAGUCCAUUUUCAGUAGAGAGAUGACUCCAACAAGCGAGCUUCGUGGAGAUUCCGAUGAAGUGUUAAUGUAUUCAUCAUCAACGUUAAGAAAAAAGUUACCGAAGACUGUUACCGUUCAUCGGAGGAAACCGACGGCGGGAAAAAUGCCAUCGACUGUGGAAUUGGAGGAGUUCUUUUCAGCUGCAGAAAAGUACGAGCAAAAACAAUUCGCUGAAAAGUACAACUAUGAUAUAGCUUUGGAUGUUCCUUUGGAGGGAAGGUACAAGUGGGAAGUUUGCAAUUUACAGCCAUGA